AUGGGUAAAGAUAUACGGUCGUUCCCUCUCCCUGAGAUUGAUGAGGCACAUGACACGGCAAAUGGUGUGCCUAGAAAGAUCUUUGAGGAGUCCACGAUCGAGGUUGACCAUGAGGACGCAACUCUGUCGGACUCCCUCGAUGCCAAGCAAAGGGCCGCAUACGAUGAGAUUCUAUCUGCUGUUGACAGUGACAAGGGUGACAUGUUUUUCGUGGAUGGACCAGGAUGGACAGGGGAGACUUUUCUAUAUCAGGUGUUGCUCGCAACGAUACGCAAGCAAGAGAAGAUUGUCGUGGCAACAGCUACAUCCGAUGUUUUAGCAUCCAGAAUGCCUGGAGGAAGAACCACACACUCGCGCUUCAAGAUACAACUGAGUGUUGAUGAUGUUGUGUUCUGUAGCUUUACAAAGCUGAGUGGGGUUGCCAAGCUUUUGUGGAUAGCUUCACUCAUUAUUUGGAACGAAGCCUCCAUGACUCAGAAACAAGUGAUGGAGGCACUAGACAACAACAUAUGUGACAUAAUGAGCCGACCAGAACUACCGUUAUGUGGGAAGACAAUUGUGUUUGGUGGAGAUUUCAGGUAA